CCUUAAAUAGGAUAUAUUUCAAAGUGAAGUAGGAAGGAGUUAGGAAGGCCGAUGGCUCAAAGGUACGACGACUUGCCCCAUUACGGGGGGAUGGAUGGAGUAGGGAUACCUAGUGCCAUGUAUGGGGACCCCCAUGCUGCUAGAUCCAUGCAGCCCGUUCACCAUCUGAACCACGGUCCACCUCUGCACUCCCACCAAUACCCGCACACGGCCCACACCAACGCUAUGCCUCCCAGCAUGGGCUCUUCAGUCAAUGACGCUCUGAAGAGAGAUAAAGAUUCCAUUUAUGGACACCCCCUGUUCCCUCUGUUAGCACUGAUUUUUGAAAAAUGUGAACUAGCUACUUGUACCCCCCGAGAACCUGGAGUAGCAGGCGGUGAUGUGUGCUCCUCUGAGUCUUUCAAUGAAGACAUUGCAGUGUUCGCCAAACAGAUCCGUGCAGAAAAACCCCUGUUUUCCUCAAACCCGGAAUUGGACAAUUUGAUGAUCCAAGCUAUCCAAGUAUUACGGUUUCAUCUUCUGGAGUUAGAAAAGGUACACGAACUGUGCGACAAUUUCUGCCAUCGGUAUAUUAGCUGCUUGAAAGGGAAAAUGCCCAUCGACCUGGUGAUAGAGGACAGGGACGGUGGAUCCAAGUCCGACAGCGAAGACAUGACCAGAUCGGCCACCCUCACAGAUCAGCAUAAUCCUUCCUGGAGCAGAGACCACGACGACACAGCAUCAACGCGUUCAGGGGGAACACCUGGACCAUCCAGUGGGGGGCACACGUCGCAUAGUGGGGACAACAGCAGUGAACAAGGCGAUGGGUUGGACAACAGUGUAGCCUCACCGAGUACGGGGGAUGACGAUGACCCAGACAAAGACAAAAAACGUCACAAAAAGCGUGGUAUCUUUCCCAAAGUGGCCACAAACAUCAUGAGGGCGUGGCUGUUCCAACACCUAACGCACCCCUACCCUUCAGAAGAACAGAAAAAACAGUUGGCACAAGACACAGGUCUCACCAUACUUCAAGUGAACAAUUGGUUUAUAAACGCUAGAAGAAGAAUAGUCCAGCCUAUGAUAGAUCAGUCUAAUCGAGCAGGCAAGUCUCCCAUAAACAUAACAGUUUUUUUUAACUUUAUAGUAAGUCAAGGAACACCUUACAAUGCUGAUGGACAGCCCAUGGGAGGUUUUGUAAUGGACGGCCAGCAACACAUGGGAAUUAGAGCACCAGGACUGCAAGGUAUGCCAGGGAAUUACAUAUCUCCGAGUGGGCCAAUGGGUAUGAGUAUGGGACAGCCAGGUUAUCCUCCACCGCAGAUGCCCUUGCAUCACACUCAGCUGCGCCAUGGGCCGUCUAUGCAUACCUACAUUCCUGGACACCAUCACCACCCAGCAAUGAUGAUGCAUGGGGGACCCUCUCACCCUGCAAUGCCUAUGUCAGCCUCUAGUCCCUCAGUACUAAAUACAGGAGACCCCACCAUGAGCGGGCAUGUCAUGGACAUCCAUGCCCAGUAAUUUAAGGGAAUAAUGUCUGAAAUACCGAAAUGGAAAGUUUUAUGUGUUGUCCUUUUGCCACAACAGCAGAGUUCCAAUCCUGGCGUCCACAUAGAAACAAGAACAUACUUUGAUAUAGGGAACGCUGACAUAAAAAAAAAAUGCAGAUGCUGAAAAUCAACUUUUUGGGGACACGAUAAAUACAUAUAUAAGACAUUAAGAGAACAAAGAGUGAAAUAUUGUAAAUGAUAUUAUACUGUUAACCAUAUUAUGUUGUUUCUUAUAGAUUUUUUUAAAAAAAAUGUGAAAUUUUUCCACACUAUGUGUGUUGUUUCCAUAGCUCUUCACUUCCUCCAGAAGCCUCCUUACUUAAAGCCUUACAGUUAUCCUGCAGACGACUGAAAGUCCUCAUUUGCAGGUCAUUUUAGAACAUUAUGAUAAGUAUGUCAGGCAAAAUAUCUUUUUUUAAUUUCAAUCCAAGGAUUUCAGCCAUGCGCUCUUUCUCUGCAGCUUUGUCUAUUUUUUUUCUUUCUCUGUCUCCGUCUUUCUCUCUAGCCUGGGGCUUGAAUUUGCAUGUCUAAUUCAUUUACUCACCAUAUUUGAAUUGGCCUGAACAGAUGUAAAUCGGGAAGGAUGGGAAAAACUGGAGUCAUUAACAAUGAUUAAUCAGCUGUUGCAGGCCAGGCAGUGUCUUAAGGAGGCUGGUAGGAGGAGGCAUGGAAACCAAAAGGCAAUGUGUUUGGAGCAUAAUUGUCACAAUGGAGCAUCAGUGUCCCCAUUCAGCGACAACCAAUCUGUGCAUCACUUCCUGUUUUCAUGCAGCUCAAAAAAAAA